UCACGGAGGUACGGCAUGCGGCGUCUGACGUCACCGCCUGGUCAGAGGAAGUCACCGAAGUCAUGGCGGGAACUGAUCUCAUCCAGCAACCAAAAGAAGGAAACAGCAACACCAGAAAUGACGUCAUCUAAAACAAACAACGCAGCACGUGAGAACGGUGGACGUAUGCGCAUGAUGUGUUCCUGGUUAUUUUGGCUGAUAGGUGUCGUCUGCAAGUUAGUUUUCAUGGCUUUUAUGACAUUGUUUCUCUGUGAAAUCGGCAUGCAGUUGAUUGAGAAACAAAAAAAGUGCAAUGAUGUGCCAAUGUCUCAACUCAAGAAUGAUCUGAAGAAUAGGGUGUAUGGCCAACACAUUGCAAAUGAGAUUAUUUCGAAAACUGUCGAGCAAUACCUAAAGAGGCCAAAGGGACACUUUUUUCUGAUGACGUUUCACGGAUGGACAGGCGUUGGAAAAAGUCACGUGACGAACAUCAUGGCGGAACACUUGAGUAGUCAUGACAACGGUAGGGCGACCUCCAUGAAUCUUUUGCUAAAGAACGGAAAACAAGAGGUGCUUGGGAUCGAAACACUGAAAGCUAGUAUCCUAGCCGGCGUGAAUGACUGUUUCGUGCAUUUGGUAGUAAUUGAGGAAAUGGAACUCGCCGAUGAAGCAAUUCAACGAAACGUCACAGGGGCGCUCAUGGAUUUGAAAAAGGCGCUCACUAAAAGAAAGCUGGUGGUUGUGGUUAUUACCCCCUCUGGAGGCAAGUUAAUCAACAGAAUUACUUACCAAGCUCUUACUGCCGGAAUAUUAAGGCGGGAAAUAAAGGCAAACGACAUCCUGCCACAUUUGCAUCAACUCCCGGAUCCUUGGUUCCAAGAAUUCACCAAAUAUGACCUGAUUGACCAAGUGGUUCCAUUUCUGCCCCUUGAGCGGCAGCACGUUUCAAAAUGCAUCGAAGAUGAACUGCGCAUGCGCAAGGAUGUAGACCGGAAGAGAUAUUAUCAAAUCAUCGAAAAGACCCAGCAGAAUUUGCAUUAUUUUCCCCAGAAUGAUCAACGUUUUGCUACAGCUGGAUGCAAGAAAAUUUCAUUGGCCAUAGAAAUGGCGGUAUGA